CUGCGUGAAGGCCUCCGAAAUGACUGCUAAACUGGACCCGAACUGGCACACAGUACGCGUGCGUCCGAGACGGCUCAUCGAGUUCAGGUCCUCCCUCGAACUCGUGCGCACCAUGGCUGAUGCUAUUACCGCGCACAAAGGGUACUAGAGGCUGGGUUCAUCCACAGGAAUAUCUACCCGGAGGCCAUCAUGACAUUCGAGGAAACGACACCCACGGGAGCGAGCCGCACCUACGGCGUCCUCCUGGAUCUCGACAACGGGGCGACCCGCAGACACUUUAUAUGUGGAAACAACGUCGAUUCUCUUGGCCAUCGUCACGCUUCGAAGAGCAAUGUCUCUGAGAACCUCGGACUCGAUGGCCAAGUUUCGGAACUGUAGUGGCAGUGCCACAGUAUUAUACAAGACUUCUGCACAUAUGAUCCACGAACGUCACCCUAGUUAU